AUGAAAAAGCACUCCGACAGUAAUGGAGAUGAGACAGCGACGAACAAUCUUCAGCCGAGGCAGAAGGAGAAUAAGUUGUGGUGGUUGGAGAUGUCGGCUCCUGUUAUAGAUAAGAAUGAUGCAGUCACUGGUCACAUAAUUUCGACAACCAUUGGGGGCAAGAAUGGAGAACCUAAGCAGACAGUUAGUUACAUGGCAGAGCGAGUUGUGGGGACUGGUUCAUUUGGGAUUGUAUUUCAGGCAAAGUGCAUUGAAACUGGAGAGACGGUGGCUAUAAAGAAGGUUUUGCAAGACAGAAGAUACAAGAACCGCGAACUGCAAUUAAUGAAGACUAUGGAUCAUCCAAAUGUUGUUUCCUUGAAACAUUGUUUUUAUUCAACUACAGUUCAAGAUGAGCUUUUCCUAAAUUUAGUCAUGGAGUAUGUCCCGGUAACCAUGUAUCGUGCUCUGAAGAAUUACAGUGAUAUGAACCAGAAAAUGCCACUCAUCUAUGUGAAACUUUAUACCUACCAAAUCUUCAGGGGGUUGGCCUACAUGCAUUCUGUUGCUGGGGUGUGCCAUAGGGACCUGAAGCCUCAGAAUGUUUUGGUUGAUCCGCAAACUCAUCAGGUGAAAAUAUGUGAUUUUGGAAGUGCCAAAGUAUUAGUGAGAGGGGAAGCAAACAUAUCAUACAUCUGCUCACGGUUUUAUCGGGCUCCUGAGCUCAUUUUCGGUGCAACAGAAUACUCUACAUCAAUUGAUAUAUGGUCGGCUGGCUGUGUCCUUGCUGAGCUUCUUCUAGGCCAGCCUUUGUUUCCUGGUGAAAAUGCUGUUGGUCAGCUUGUGGAAAUAAUCAAGGUUCUUGGUACUCCAACCCGGGAGGAAAUACGUUGCAUGAAUCCAAACUAUACAGAUUUUAGGUUUCCACAAAUAAAAGCGCAUCCUUGGCACAAGGUUUUUCACAAACGGAUGCCUCCAGAAGCAAUAGACCUUGCUUCCAGGUUGCUGCAGUACUCUCCAAAUCUCCGUUGCACAGCACUGGAAGCAUGUGCCCACCCUUUCUUUGAUGAGCUGAGGGAACCUAAUGCUAGAUUGCCGAAUGGUCGCCCAUUGCCUCCUCUGUUUAACUUCAAACAGGAGUUGUCAGGUGUGUCCCCAGAUCUCAUCAACAAGCUGAUACCGGACCACGUGAAGAGGCAAUUGGGUUUGCAGUUUUUUGCAUCCUACGAGGACAUGACACAAGAAAGCAUGAAGCACACAAAGAUAGAGUCUGAAGUUAUGACGAAUUGCUUGUUCUCUUUCCACAUGGAUCUCUUGCGUUCUGGUGUAGCAGAUAUGAAUUUAUCGGGCUCGGUGCUCGACUUCUGCCCAUUUAGUGAAGUAGUCGACGGCUACAACGGUGUAUUCAGGAUAUCCUUAACUUUGCUAUAUUUUUCUUUGAUGUCUGGACCUACUGAAGAUGGAACUCGAACUCUUUCCACGAGUGAAUGCCGGCAUGCCACUACAACUUCAAGAAAGAAGGCACCCGUUGUCUUAGGGAUUGAUAAUCACUAG